UAUGUUAGACUUUCUUAUGUAACUAUGACUACAGGUGUUUCUUACUUCCUAUUUGUCCAGUAAUCAGCUGCAAUAACAGAUAAAUAAAAGAAAUCUCUGUUACAAACCGAAUUUGAAUGUCACUGUAAUGAUCAAAUGUGAUAACGUCCGGAAUUACCAGUAAAUCGUGAGAGUGCAAGAUUACGAAAUUGAUUAGAAGAAUGGCGGCUGCAAAUGAACCAGGCUCGUCUAAAAGCAGUAAUGGAGAAGAAAAAGAAAAAGACGAAACAAUGUUGGAGUGCAAUAUCUGUUUGGAUGCUGCAAGGGAUGCUGUGGUCAGCAUGUGUGGACAUUUAUUUUGUUGGCCAUGUUUGCAUCAGUGGUUAGAGACUCGUCCAAAUCGCCAGGUAUGCCCUGUUUGUAAAGCAGCCAUCAGCAAGGAGAAGGUUGUUCCUCUAUAUGGAAGAGGAAGCACCAAGCAGGAAGAUCCUAGAAAUAAAGUUCCUCCUCGGCCACCUGGACAGCGUUCUGAGCCUGAAAAUAACAGUGGAUUUCCUGGUUUUGGAUUUGGGGAUGGUGGUUUCCACAUGUCAUUUGGAAUUGGUGCCUUCCCAUUUGGAUUCUUCACCUCUACCUUUAAUUUUGGAGAACCAAGGCCUAGUGCAGCUCCUCGAGGAACUCCGCAGUUUGAAGAAGAACAGUUUUUGUCAAAAGUAUUUUUAUGGGUGGCUGUUCUUUUCAUUUGUUGGCUCUUGAUGGCAUAGUAUUGAUCUGGUAUAAUUUUACAGAAACCUACUUUAGCAUAUUUUACUUUCUGGUGACCGCUGAAAAUUAUAAUAGUACAUCUCAACAAUCUGAGCUUUUUGGUAAGCAAAUGUCAUUUGGGGAACUGAAGUAGGGGCUAGUAAGAAUUUAUAUUGAGUCUCUUUAUAUUAUAUUUUAAUACUGUAGAACAAAAAAAUAAUUAUAUACUGUACUGGAUUUUUUCAA